AGAGACAACAGUCAGGACUUGCUUCUUUGGGUUGAAAAUAUCCUAUUUAUUAUUAUAUUAUACAUAUACUUAUUAUUAUAUAUUAUUAGGUGCCUUAAGGUAUCUGCUUUCUCUUUAAUCUUACAACCAAAAAUUCCCCACUAAAAAUUGGGAAUUAGCUUUGAAUUGAGUUGCUUACCCACUCAGGAACCCAAAACAUAUUCUCCAGAAAGUAAAGAUAGAAUUUGCAAGGGAGUAAACACAAGCCCCUUGUAUAAAAAAAUUUAGGCCCUUGAUAUAGUAGUAUCAGGGUUCUCUUCUAAGGAAAAAGUUUAGUAUGAUGACUACUUUACAGACAAACCACAAUGCAUCUUGGUUAAAUGUGUAAAACCUGAAAGCUUGGGAAGGAUAUUAGAGUGCCAGCCAAUCCCAAAAUCACUGAGAAAGCCUUUCUGUCACAUCCAGAAGAGGUUAGUUGACUUAUCUAAAGUCAUACAAUUGUUAAUGGUCUUAAUGGCAAAAUAGUCUGACUGCUAUGCCACACUGCCUCCUGAAUUAAAAAUUAUUAGCUAAUUAUUAGCUAAACAUUAUUAUCUAAAAUUAUAUAAGAUAGUUAGGCAGAGAGGGGAAAAGGACAAAAAAUGGAUAAAAUAACAAAACAUAAAAAAACUAUGUUCCUAUCAUUUCUUAAGGCCAGUCUAGUGAAGUAAGGGGGAGCAUUUCCAAGGACUCCACUCCAAUUAUUAGUACAGUAUGCAAGUUUGAGGUUUAAGUGUGAUCUCCAGAACUAUUCUGCUUCCCCAUUCCAACUUCCAAGGACUCCAGCCUAGCUCUCACUCUGGACCAGGACAGGCCUAGAACUUCGAAGCAAGGUGGGCCCCCAAGAGCCUCUCUCCCAGGCCUAAGCCCAGAGUAGAUGGGAAUAGGUACUUGCCUUGUUCGAUAGCUUUGGAAAGUUCCUGUACCAAAUUGGCAGAAGUUAAAUGUGAAGGUGAAGAAACAUAUACUUCUUUAAACUCAAAAAAACUGAUGAGCUAUUUCUUCUGAUCACCCCACUUCCUUUUAAAAGUAAAGUAUUUUGGCUGAAAAGCUAAGACAGUGACAACCAUGUAGCAACAGUUCGCAAAUUGAAAGAAGGAUAUGAGUAAGGAAAAUUGAGGACACAAGGACAUGUUAUGGAAGGACAUACAGACCGCUAGUGCUGACGCAGAAGCGUCAGCCACAGCCCCCAGCUGCCCCCCGCCCCUCUCCCUUCCCAGCUGCCAGUCUAGCUCUGCCCUGUAUCUCCAGCACCUGUCACUGCCUGUCCUUGCCUAGGGGGCCCUACAAGCCCCUCCUCAGCUGCCCAGCAGAGCAAGCAGUCAGAGGGGAGGGAACAUGGAGCGGGGGUUAGGGGUGGGGGCAGGGACAGGCCUGGGGGGCCGGCUCCGAGUGGUGCUGGGCUGGUUGCUGAGGGUACUGCUGUGGCUAGCAUCAGCCCUCCUGUACUUUGGAAGCGAGCAGGCUGCCCGACUCCUGGGGAGCCCCUGCCUCCGGCGCCUUUACCAUGCCUGGCUAGCUGCCGUGGUCAUCUUCGGACCCCUGCUGCAGUUCCACGUCAACCCCCGCACCAUCUUCGCCAGUCAUGGCAACUUCUUCAACAUCAAGUUUGUGAACUCUGCCUGGGGCUGGACCUGCACCUUCCUGGGCGGUUUCGUGCUGCUGGUGGUGUUCCUGGCCACUCGGAGAGUGGCCGUGACGGCUCGGCACUUGAGCCGGCUGGUGGUGGGGGCUGCCGUGUGGCGCGGGGCUGGCCGGGCUUUCCUGCUCAUCGAGGAUCUGACCGGCUCCUGUUUUGAGCCUCUGCCCCAGGGGCUGCUGCUCCACGAGCUGCCUGACCGUCGCAGCUGCUUGGCAGCUGGCCACCAGUGGAGGGGCUACACGGUCUCCUCUCAUACCUUCCUGCUCACCUUCUGCUGUUUGCUCAUGGCUGAGGAAACCGCCGUCUUUGCUCGGUACCUGGCCCACGGGCUGCCUGCCGGCGCUCCUCUUCGACUCGUCUUCCUUCUUAACGUCCUCCUGCUGGGCCUCUGGAACUUCCUCCUGCUCUGCACCGUCAUCUACUUCCACCAAUAUACCCACAAGGUGGUAGGCGCGGCUGUGGGCACCUUCGCCUGGUACCUCACCUAUGGCAGCUGGUACCAUCAACCCUGGUCACCAGGGAGUCCCGGCCACGGGCUCUUUACCCACUCCCAGCGCCCCCAGGCCAGACUUAAGCGUGAUUGAGGGGAAUAAAGGCAAAUCAAAUCCAGGUGCUGACUCUUCUCUUUAUUUGGGUGCUAGGUCGUUUGAAUUGAAGGUUAGAACAUUACAGAAAGGGAAGGACCCACCAACAUUGUUUGCUACAUUCCAGGUUGAUCCCUAACACACCCUAGGGUGG